AUGAAGGAAAAUGUAAAUAUAUCGACUGAAGAAAAAGUAAAACAAUUGGUAGAAAAUGUUAAUACACAAAAGCGUGAAGAAAUUAAAAAGAGACUAAUGUUUGGUGAAAUACUUUCAAGAAGUGUUGGAGAAGGGUACAAGUGCUUGAAGAAAAAGGACAAGAAAGAAUUCUCUGAUGUGGUUAUGACAGAAAAAGAAAAGUUUAAAUAUAUAAACUCUUGA